CUUCCUUUACAUAUAGUGUUGCUUAUCACAGUUAUUACACAUGUAGGAGGAACAUUAAUAUCUUUCUCCACAGCUACCUACGUAACCUGACUGAGGCUAGGUUAAGAAAAAAGGGAUCAAAUUCCCCGCAAGAAAAGGGACAUCCACUCUAAAAUAUAUCUUACAGCCGUUCCUUUUCCUGCACAACGGCACUUGAAUCCUUUAGUACUUCCGGAGUUCGAUCGGCCUCGGAUUCGUUAUUUAGGGAGCAAGCCGGAUAGGAGUUUCGGUCCUGUUUAUAAAAGAGGGGUUUUAUUCAAACAAACAAACAAACAAACUCCUCCCCUGUCGAUCAUUAUUCGUCUCCAGUUGACUUGUCCCUUUCCCUUUUAUAUACUUCCAUGAAGGUCACCUAAACGGAAACAAAAGAACCAUUAAAAGACAGAACGUGGGGCAAAUAUUCCAGAUGCCGAACGCCCCGACGGUUGUCUCCGCUCCGGGCAAGGUGCUCCUAGCCGGAGGCUACCUAGUCCUCGACCGCCAAUAUACCGGCCUUGUCUUCGGCUUGAGCGCUCGCAUCAAUGUCAUCGCUCGGGAGAUCAAGACUAGCGAGGGCGUCCAGCUGAGCGAAAUCGUCGUCGAUAGCCCUCAGUUUCUUGAAGCUCAAUGGCGCUAUGGAUACCAUCUUGCUCCCGAAGAUGGGGGCAUUAAGCUGACUCAGCUUCAAGUCGGCUCAAAAAUAAGCCCAAAUCCCUUUGUUGAGGUAACUCUUGCCUACGCUCUCACCUACAUCACCACGGUGGGCCAUUUCAAGCCGUCCAACGCCUUUGACCCCGUGCACCUGACUAUCCUCGCCGACAACGACUACUACUCACAGCCGCACACCUCCCCCACCACCUCAUCAGCCUCAUGUUCCGGCGCCGCCCCAUCCCGCUUCGCCAAGUUCCCGACGAAGCUCAAGGACGCCCACAAGACGGGGCUGGGGUCGUCGGCGGCCCUCGUAACGGCUCUUACCGCCGCGCUGCUAACUCACUACUUGCCGCCCUCCGUCUUCGACCUCGAGUCCGAGAAGGGCCGCCAGAUCCUCCACAACCUCGCCCAGGCAGCCCACUGCGCGGCCCAGGGCAAAGUGGGCUCGGGCUUCGACGUCGCGGCCGCCGUCUACGGCUCCUGCGUGUACCGCCGGUUCUCCCCCUCCGUCCUGCGCGACCUCCCGGAGGUCGGGACCCCGGGCUUCGCGCCCGCGCUCGCCGCGUGUGUGGAGUCGGCCGACAGGUGGGACACCCAGGUGGCCAAGGAGGGCGUGCGGGUGCCGCCGGGCCUGGUGCUCCGCAUGUGCGACGUCGACUGCGGCAGCCAGACCGUCGGCAUGGUCAAGCAGGUCCUCAAGUGGCGCGACGAGACGGACCCCGCCGGCGCCAAGCAGCUCUGGGACGACCUCCAAGCGCGCAACGAGGCCCUUGGCCAGGCCCUGCUCCAGGCCACCACCACCACCACCACCACGGACCAGAACAGCAGCAGCAACGACGGCAUCCGUGACGCAGUCGCCCAGAUCCGCCACCUCGUCCGCGAGAUGGGCCGCCGCAGCGGCGUCCCCAUCGAGCCCGACAGCCAAACGCAGCUCCUGGACGCCCUCCGCGACGGCGUCGACGGCGUCCUCGAGGGCGUCGUCCCUGGCGCCGGCGGCUUUGACGCCCUUGUCCUCCUAACCCGCGACGACGAGAAGACCGAAAACAGCAUCAGGGAGUUUCUGCGGAAGUGGAGCGAGGAGAAGGGCGCCAAGGUCAAGCUGCUCGGCGUCAAGGGCGAGAUGCAGGGCGUCAGGAGGGAGGGCCCGGCCCAGUAUGAGGGGUGGCUUGGCUAGAGAUCAGAUGGGUUGUAGGUACCUAAGAAGGGAAAAAUAAAAAUAAAAAAAUAGAAAAGGGAAAGAGAAAGAAUAAUGGUAUAGAGAACAGAUACUGUAGGUACAGGACGUUUUUGUAUAAGGGGGGGCAUCGUGUCUUUGACAAGUAGUAAAUAUCCUAUUCUUAGGAAUGCCAGCCUAGAUAUACUGUGAUGAUAGCUAUGAAUCCGCACCUACGAAUUAGCAAACUCAUACGUACCCCCCCCUUCCUCUUUUUCACGGGCCUAGGAGGUGUGUAUUCCAGAACAACACUAUCGCCAUGGGCAACUACGUAUCCUACUCGCCUCGAAGCCAACGCUUUCUUUUCAGUGCAUAUAAUAAUAGCAAAAGCACAUGAAAAAACGUAGCACCCUUUAAGAACAACCCCUAAUUAAGAAAAGCAUAUU